AUGCCGACCACUCCGGCGCAUCUUGGCACAAAGGUGGACUGGGCCGUGGACCAUCUCAACAGCCAUUGGGAUCUGGAAAUUCCUAAACUUCAUGGUAUCCCAGCACGAAAUGCCGCCGGUAAUGACCGACUGCCGUUUCGAUGCUUCUCUAGAAUUAGGAUGCUCACAUUUCGGUCUAUCCCCAUUGAAGACAUCAUUGAAGAAUUCGAUCAAAAGGCUCGUGCUAUUCAUUCAAAAUGGGUUUGGAAACCGUCGCAGGAGAAGGGCACUCUUCCUCUCCUUACGGUCUCGAAAAGUCUCAUUGAGAGUGAAAAGCGCAGAUCCCAAGUGGUGAACCUGACUCCCUCGCAACGAGCUGAUCUCUGUCAAGCCCUAUUUGAAUUUCUUGACGAGUACUGUAAACUUGCCCAAUUGUCGGAGUCCAUGUCUACGGAAAGACUGUCGGACACCACCUACAGCACUGCGCCGAGUACACCUUCUAGACGAAAGGAUUCCACUCGAACACAAGGCACCCUCAGCACUCCUAGGAGAGACAUCCUGCGUGAGGGGCAAGAACCCAGAUUGAAGAACCCGGGAAGCUCUGUGAAACGGUCAAUACCAUCUCCUGACAGCAAAAGCAAGCGUCAGCAAACGCUGAAGCAACUCGAUUAUUUCAGACCGCCUCCUUUUGUUGUAAAGUCUGAACCGCUACUACCAUCGAACAACAGGUCACUUCAAGAACCCACUAGCUUCGAGACAACUUCAACAUCCAGAGUCUCAUCUAUUUUCGACGAUUGCGACGAGCAAAAGAGCGAUAUUUCUCACCAGACCUCACUUAUUGAAGGCCUUGAAGAAUUAGCUGAUCCGGAGAAAUCCCAAGAUCUGUUUCCCACUCAAGAAUUAGAGGAACUCCUAGAAGAUGAGGACUUCCGAAGAUCCUUCCAUGAAAGCUCCUGCCUACCUAAUGAUAUAGAUGCUGCCCUGAGCAAUACUUUCCCGGAAAGACGCAAACUGCCUUCACAUGUUCCCUUCUGGCUCUCCUGGGAGAUUCACCGCUUAGCAGAUAAGGCUGACGUUCUUCCCUUCGAUCUGUACAACUUUGUUCGGAGACGAUGCAAGACUGAUUUGCCAACCUUCGAGGCAUAUUGGGAAGCUGCCAGAGAGUAUUCAAAGCACAAUCAGGUUUCCACGCCCCCUAGAUCCGAGAUUCCCUCUUGGAUGGCGACCGAGAACAAGUAUAUUGAUCUAAACUCGGCAAGAGCAAUAUAUCUGACUGCUAACCUCGCCUGGAGGAAAGACUUCCCUGAUGGGGUAUUCAAGCUUGAAACCAAUGAGAUACGCCUAGAGCAAUCCUGUCGACUCUACAGAAAGUUUGGGGCAGACCGAUUUCUGGUACUCACUACGCCCGAAUUUUCCCAAUCCAGCUAUCCAGAAGCCCUCAAAGCUCGAGACAGCAACGCGGAUCCUAUGCGUCAGCGAAUAACAGAUUUCCUGACUAGAAAAAGUCAUUUCAUCGCGGGGAGAUACUGGCGAGUUUUUUACGUGGAGCCAGAGAAGAACAAACGGCGAAAGGAUCAGCCAUCACGUCUAAAGUUCUUCUUGUUUGCGGAAAGCGGGUACGACAUGGAGUCUUCUCUGUCGACAAUCGACCCAUAUUCAGACUUACUCAACGCCUCUGCCCGCCAUCAAGAGAUCGGUAUAGAAGUCAUGGCCGAAUGGCAUUUGCGAUUUGGAGCAAAUGCCAAAUCGAAGGAUCUCAAAUUGUUCUCGAGAUGGGGCCUUGGGCUCUCGAAAACCACGCCGACUAUUGUUCUUGAUCGAAAGGAAUUUGUUGUCCGACAUGACCCACCAUCCGCCCCGAUAAUGGAUGAUGGCUGUGCUUUGAUAUCUCUCCAGUUAGCUCAAGCAAUUUGGGAGAAAUGCGGCGGCCAGGGCGACGUCCCUUGUGCUGUUCAAGGCAGAAUCUCUGGCGCGAAAGGACUGUGGAUUGUCGAUUUUCACAAUCGCCAUCCUGGAAUAAGCGACCGAGAAUACUGGAUCGAAGUCUCCGAUUCGCAGUUGAAGAUUAAGCCACAUCCCCGGCGCCGGAAACGUGACGAUGCGGAUCUGCGGACAUUCGAGGUUCUGAAGUGGGCCAGCGAAUGUAAACCUGGACACCUCAACAUACAAUUGAUUACUGUUCUUGAGGACGGUGGUGUACCUCGACAAGCUCUCGAAAACGCACUCGUUGCCGAUACUCUGUCAUUUUCGGAGUCUCUUACCGCUGCCGUUAAAGACAAGGGCGAUGGAAGAUUGUUGUACCUGUGGAUGCGGUCGAAUGGCCUCCUGAGCCCAUCCGAGGCCCAGAAAGUUCUGGGUACGUUCCCUUACGACUGUCGGCAACAGCUUACUCUUCUGCUUGAGUCCUCGUUCAAUGCCUCAGAGUCUGCCAAAAUAAAGAAGUGUGUAAAGACACUACUGACCAACUACAUGGCCAACUAUGUUGAGAGGUUGUGGAUAACACAAACCUCGUCGACAACAGUAUUCUGCGUUCCAGAUCCGACUGGGAAACUCAAGAAUGAUGAAGUUUGUCUCAACUUCUCCAGGGCAAUUCAAGACCCACGAAAUGGUAUGAGCGAACUAGUGCUCAACGAUAUUGACGUUCUUGUGGCAAGAAACCCUGCAUACCUUGCUUCCGAUAUACAGAAACGCAAAGCUGUCUAUAUCCAUGAGCUGAGGCACUACAGGAACGUGAUUGUGUUCCCUACGACAGGCACCCGAGCAUUAGCAUCGAUGCUAUCAGGAGGGGACUACGAUGGUGAUACUUGCUGGGUGUGCUGGGAUCCUGCUAUGGUGGAGCACUUUCAUAACUCCGAUUUACCCGCUCUGCCUGACCAAGGGAGGUGUGGAAUGAAACAGGAGUCAAGACCACUUCGUGAAAUCUUUACCAAAGACCGACCCAUCGAAGAGGCAAUGCAAGACUUUUCUCAGACAUGCAUGAGAUUUAACGCACGCCCGAGCCUCAUGGGGAUUUGCUCAUCUGAACAUGAGAAGCUAAUUUAUUCACUGAGCCAACGGCAAAAAGAACAAAAGUUGUCGCAUCCAGGCGCUAUCAAGCUUGCAGCACUGGCGAGCUACCUAGUCGACAGCAGCAAGCAGGGCUGGAGUUUGAGUGAGACUUCUUGGUUUUCCUUACGCGCUGAUGCGAGUGGUCGUAAGCAGUUACCAAUACCAGCCUAUAAAGAAGGUAAAGCUCCCCGACGGCAAGGGGGAGAAUUUCCAAAUGUUGUCGACUUUCUCAUGUUCGAAGUAGCAGAACGAGAAAAGGACAGGACGCUGGCCAAAUUCCAAAAGCUGAAUCCCGGGGCUGGUGUCUACGAUGGUGUACUGAGUGUCACUUGGAAAGAGAUGUGGGAGGAUGCUCUCGAAGAGAAAAAGGUCUGGGAAAAGAAGACUGGUCACGGUUCUCGGGGUGUCAACUCAUAUGCCAAGUCAAGAGUCCCCGUCAAUGAACAAGAACCUGCACGGGGCCUUGGUAUCUAUCUGAUCUGCGACAAUCUCAAGCAGCGUAUUGCGGAGGUCCAGCAGCGAUGGAAAGAAGUGGCACCCGCCGAGGACUCAUCGGAUCAAGCCAAGUACAAUUACGCCGUUCGUCAAAUCCAUGAGCUUUUCCUGGCGAUUGAACCCAAGCAAAUCGAUCAUGUCAUACGCCGCCAGUACGAGAAGGAAAAAACUCGGCACUUUUCGUCCUGGUCACUUCUGCGAGCCUCCUGCUUGCAUUAUACUGUCUGCCAAAGAGGCUCCUUUCCAGAAUGGGUCUGGUACAUUGCAGGACGAGAACUGUGCCAUUUGAAAGCCAUGAGUCACGGAGGCCCCGUCCGGUUGGUAGCAGAAGACAUACUGGACAUUAUGAAAGUCGGCUCGAAAUUCGCCAAAGCACUAGUGGAACGACAAAGCAUGGACGAUGAAGAGAUCGAUGGAGAAGAAUUGGUUGAUGAUGUUGAUGAUGGAUGA